AUGGCUCUCGUCAACGUCGAACCCGUCAAAUCCUCUCCGGCGACCGAUUUCGAACAACCUCCUGAUGUUGUCGUGACACCCUGUGACCCCUGGCCUGCGCCAUACUAUAUGGAAGGUGGAUUUCGACGUGUUCAUCCGUACCAUUACACUUUUAAUACGUGGUGCAAGGAGCGCUGGCGGGGUAAAAGAUUGGAAGACAUUUUCGUGUCCGAAUUUCGAGAUCGCCCAGCAGAGUAUUAUAGGAAUGCGCUCGACGACGGCCUCGUUUGUGUCAAUGGCAAGCCUGCGGGCAGAGACGCCGUGAUCAAGAAUGGCCAAAAGAUUUCGCACACCAUUCAUCGUCAUGAACCCCCUGUGACCGCCCUCCCUAUCGGUAUCAUUCACGAAGACGACGACCUCAUUGUGAUCGAUAAACCAGCCGGCGUGCCGGUUCACGCCGCUGGUCGAUACCAUUAUAACUCCGUUACCGAAAUCUUGCGCUCCCAGCGUGGCUCAGAGUUCUUGCCGCGGCCAUGCAACAGGUUGGAUCGACUGACAUCGGGAGUCAUGUUUAUUGCCAAACAUCCGGCGGGAGCCUUGAAGAUUACAAGUCAGCUUCAAGCGCGAUCUGUGCAAAAAGAAUACAUUGCGCGUGUCAAGGGCAAAUUCCCGGAUGGCGUAGUAGUCUGUGAUCAGCCCAUCAUGCAGGUCAGCCCCAAACUGGGACUGAACCGUGUGCGCGCGACGGCCGCAUCAACAACUGCUCAGGAAGUCCAUGGCCCAUCGGGAGACGUCGCGAUCGCUGCAACUCCGCCGCCAGUGUUCACCAAUGAGUCCGAAGGAUACAGUAUCGUGCACUGUUAUCCCCUGACUGGACGUACGCAUCAGAUCCGCGUUCAUCUACAAUUCUUGGGCUAUCCUAUCUCCAACGAUCCUAUCUACUCAAACCGAAGAGUCUUUGGGCCAGAAUUGGCCCGCAAUGAAGACCACGGAGAGCGUGAUGAAGAGAUUAUGGAUCGACUUCACAAGAUGGGCAAGACCGAGGUAGCUGACACAGCUACUUAUCGCACCCACCUGACUGCCGCACCAAACGUCCCUCCUGGAACCAAUCCUGCCGUGAUUGCUGAAAUCAUGGCUCGCGAGCAAAAAGCUGCCUCCGAGGACUACGAGAAACGCAAGGGAGAGCGGUUGUCUGGCGCAUUGUGCGAUGUCUGUGGGACAGAAUUGUAUACAGACCCUGGUCCCCAUGAGUUGGGCCUCUUCUUGCAUGCUGUUGCUUACGGAGAUCUGAGCGGUACUUGGAAAUACCGAAGCAAGAUGCCUAACUGGGGCCUUCCACCGAAUGAUCUGGAGGGCCCUCGUGAAGUUCCCGAUUGGAUCCCUGUUCCUGAGAGUGAGGAAAUAGUUCACGGACACGGAACCGUUCCUCCUUCGAUCGGAACAGAAGAUGACCCUCCCAAUUCAGGUAACUGUCGACGAAAGAAGAACCAAGGUGACAUGGGCCAUGUCCUUGUAACGGGUGUUGGAUAUGUCCCUAUCUCAAAGGAUGACCCAGCCUUUGGUCUGAGUGAGUUGUCGCAGCAAGAAGCCGAGUCUGCUGCCUCGGCGGCGGCGAAUUAG